AUGGCGGAUAUCAACGCAGAGGUCGCCGCCAACGAGGCCGCAGCCACCAGCCGGUCCGCCAAGGCCGCCAAGGUGGCCGAGAAGCCAGCGUGGGACGAGCUGCAGGGGGAGGACACGGUCGCCUCCUACUUCGAGGCGUACGAGAGGGGGCCCAGGAGAACGCUCGUCGUGAACUCGGACGGCGAGCUGGAGGAGGUGGAAGAGGCCAACACCGAGCAGCUGGACCGUCGAAACGAGGCGAUCGAGCCGCUGCCUGCGGUAGACCACGCGCAGAUAAAGUACAACCCAGUGCAGACUGAGUUCUACAAGCCACAUCCAGAGGUCGCAGGCCUUGAUUCUGAUGCGGUGGACAAUCUCCGGAAGGAGCUGCGGGUCAGCGCCACAGGCUUGAGUGUGCCGAGCCCCGUGGCGUCGUUUGGCCACCUGGCCGAAUCACUCGGCAAGGAGCUCAUGGGCGGCAUCCGCAGGCACGGCUACCAUCAGCCCACCGCCAUCCAGGCACAGGCCGUCCCCGCGGCACUGAGCGGCCGGGACGUCAUCGGCAUCGCUGAGACGGGCAGCGGCAAGACCGUCGCCUACCUGCUGCCGAUGCUGGUGCAUACGGUCGCCCAGCCGGCUCUGAAGAAGGACGAGGGCCCUAUCGGCAUCGUGCUGUGCCCCACGCGUGAGCUCGCAGUCCAGAUCGAGAUGGAGGUGGCCAAGUUCAACAAGCCGCUCGGCCUGCGCAGCGUCACCUUGGCUGGCGGGCUGUCCAAGCUCGAGCAGUUCAAGGAGGUGAAGCGCGGGUGCGAGAUCGCCAUCUGCAACCCCGGGCGCCUCAUAGACAUUGUCAAGAUGAAGGGGUGCACGCUUCAGAGGGUCACUUUCGUGGUGAUAGACGAGGCAGACCGCAUGUUCCACAUGGGGUUCGAGUACCAGGUGCGGAGCGUCGUUCAGAACGUGCGGCCGAGCCGGCAGACCUUGUUGUUCUCGGCGACCUUCCCGCCGAAGAUCGAGCGCCUGGCCCGAGACCUCUUGCAGCAGCCCGUAAGGAUCACGACGGGGCAGGGCGGCCAAGCCGCAGCCAACAUCGUGCAACACGUGGAGGUGUUGAAGAGCGACGACGAGAAGUGGGACUGGAUGUCGAAGCACAUCGACGGCAUGCUCGAGAAGGGCCAGGUCCUCGUUUUCGUCAAGUCCAUUGCCAGUGCGGAGGAGCUGACCCAGAACUUCACCGACCUCCUGGAGAAGAAGACCGAGUUCCUCCACGGCGACCUCGACCAGACGGAGAGGAUGCGAAUCCUGCGGGACGUCAAGAGAAAGAAGGUGGACGUGCUCAUCGCCACCGACGUCGCCGCGCGCGGUCUGGACAUCCCCUCCAUCGCCGUGGUCGUGUCCUACGAUGUGGCGAGGGACGCCGAGACCCACACGCACCGCAUCGGGAGGACGGGCCGCGCGGGUGCCGCCGGGGAGGCCUACACGCUCAUCACCGCGGACAGCAAGGAGAACUACAGGAUGGCCGCCCUCUUGGUCGCCAACUUGGAGGCGGCAGGUCAGGAGGCCAACAGCGGCCUGCAGUGGCUCGCGAUGAAGUACGGGCCCUACAAGGCUGCGAAGCUGACCGGGCAGCAGUUCGAUGGCAAGAAAAAGAAGGCCGCCCCGAAGGCCGUUCGGAGCAACUUUGGCGUCGGCUUCGAUGGCGCAGCCCAGUCUAAGGAGACCCGCGAGGACUUGGAGCGCCGCCUCAACACGGAGGCCGACCGCAUGGUCCUCAGGAACCGCGCGAUGCUGGCUCGCGUGGGCGGUGGCAGAGGCCACGCGCUGCCCCCGCCCGGUGGCGGCACCGCCGGCUUCGUGGCGGCGGCCACCGAGGACGCGGUGACGGAGAUCCCGGGCGCCAUCAAGCCGGGGCAGACCGCCGGCGACUCGUCCUCGGACGAGGACCUCUUCGCCCCCGGCGUGAAAGCCGCGUUCGGGAAGGCGGCGCCGGCGGCGCCGAGGCCAGUUGGCGCCCAGAAGACCGCGCCGAGCCCCCAGGCCGAGCAGGAGGCCCAGCGGCAGGCGCAGCAGCUGGCCUACCAGGCGGAGAUGCAGCGGCUGGCGCAGCAGCAGCAGCAGCUGCGCGAGCAGCAGGAGUGGGAACAGCGCCUCAUCGCGCAGCAGAUCUCUUCGGCGGCCGCAGCCGCCGGCGUGGCGGCGUCGCCGUCCCCAGCGGGGGCCGCUGGGCGCAGCUUCAGCGGCGCGGGUGGUGGCUCUGGCCGCGAGGAGCGGGGCGACCGCGACCGAGACGACCGCGACCGCGAUCGCGGCAGCGACCGGGACCGCGGCGACGAUCGCGGCCGCGGAGACCGCGACCGGGGCAGCGACCGGGGCAGCCGCGGCGGCGACAAGGACCGCGGCGACGGGGACAGAGGACGGCCCGCCGCGGGCCCCCCUUCCGCCUUUGAAGUCGGAUGCCAGAAGCCACAUAUGAUCGAUGAAGAACUAUGCUUGCCAGCGUGA